AUGGUCAACAAAUUCAAGGAAAGGUUGAGAGUAGACAAGAACUCCUCCGCUGAUCCUGACAUGCCUAAAGAUAUGUUGCAGUUGUGCAUAGAAGGAGCGUCAAAUCACAAGGCAGCUGGAGCAAGCCUCGUUAUAAUCACCCCAGACAAAACCUUAUUAGAGAAAGUCGUCACAUUAGGCUUUCUAGCCUCAAACAACGAAGUAGAGUACGAUGCGCUACUCGCUGGCUUGCGCAUGGCAAAGGAGCUGUAA